AGAAUUCACACUGGAGAGAAACCAUAUGUAUGUAAGCAAUGUGGGAAAGCUUUUACCCAACAUGGAAAUUGUAAGCAACAUGAAAGAAUUCACACUGGAGAGAAACCAUAUGUAUGUAAGCAAUGUGGGAAAGCUUUUAACAGACGGGCAAAUUGUAAAAUACAUGAAAGAAUUCACACUGGAGAGAAACCAUAUGUAUGUAAGCAGUGUGGGAAAGCUUUUAACAAACGGGCAGAUUGUAAAAAACAUGAAAGGCUUCACACUGGAGAGAAACCCUAUGUAUGUAAGCAAUGUGGGAAAGCUUUUAACACACAGGGAGAUUUUAAGAAACAUGAAAGAAUUCACACUGGAGAGAAACCCUAUGUAUGUAAGCAAUGUGGGAAAGCUUUUAACACACGGGCAAAUUGUAAAAUACAUGAAAGAAUUCACACUGGAGAGAAACCCUAUGUAUGUAGGCAAUGUGGGAAAGCAUUUAACACACAGGGAUAUUUUAAGAAACAUGAAAGAAUUCACACUGGAGAGAAACCCUAUGUAUGUAAGCAAUGUGGGAAAGCUUUUACCCGACAUGGACAUUGUAAGCAACAUGAAAGAAUUCACACUGGCGAGAAACCAUAUGUAUGUAAGCAAUGUGAGAAAGCUUUUAAACAACAGGGAAAUUGUAAGCAACAUGAAAGUUCACACUCAAGAAAAAACCAGUGUAUGUAA